AUGGUGUUUAAUAUGAAACUAUUGUCGAACCAUUGUUCCUCUGGAGGUGGCAGAAUGAAGGAUCAUACAGCUGCAGGAUUACUAUGCUUACUGCUUUAUUGUGGUUUGUGUUUCUCUCAAGACCCUACAAAUGGACCGACAGCACUACCACGACCUACAGGUACAGCCAAUCCAGCUUCUGGUAAUCAAGCGGAAUCAAGGACCAUCAACAAAACACCACUUUUGGUUCUAAAUAAUUACAGACCUAGAGUUACAUCUGAUAUAUUGAGAUUCUUAGCUGAUGUACAAACCAGAACCUUAGAGAAUGCUAUAGUUAUACAAUCUGAACUCAAUGCAUUAGCUUUCAAUAGACUUCCUCUGGUACCUCAACCAAGAUAUUCAGACCAGCUAGGAUCUAGAUCAAAGAGAGAUGUUUCAAGUGCUACUGAUACAACUUCCAAUACAUUGCCGGGCCAAAUUCCACCUAUUCCAGGGAUCAAUCCUCGGUUUACUGCCUUCGGUCCAAAAUCACCAGAUGACCCAUCUUUAAAAGGCCUGAUUCCUCUUCAAUCUCUUCCACCAGGAAGCAGACCAGAAUUGCCACCAACUGCACGAACACCUCCAUUUACACCGGGUCAACCUCCCAGGGGUCAACCUCUUCAAGUUCCACCGUACCAGCUUGAGAGAGGACCACUUGGACAACCAGCAAGCGGCCAACGUCCUAAAAUUCAACUAGGCCAGCCACCGAGAGGAGAACCUCCCCAAUUUCAACCAGGACAGCCACCAAGAGGACAACCUUCUCAAUUUCAACCAAGCCAGUCACCGAGAGGUCAACCUCCCCAAUUUCAACCAGGCCAACCACCGAGAAGUCAACCUCCCCAAUUUCAACCAGGCCAACCACCUAGAGGACAACCUCCCCAAUUUCAACCAGGACAGCCGCCGAGGGGACAACCUCCCCAAUUUCAACCAGGACAGUCGCCGAGAGGACAACCUUCCCAAUUUCAACCAGGCCAACCGCCGAGAGGACAACCUCCCCAAUUUCAACCAGGACAGUCGCCAAGAGGACAACCUCCCCAAUUUCAGCCAGGCCAGCCACCGAGAAGACAACCUUCUCGAAUUCAAGGUCAACAACCACCUUCAACUAAUUUCGGGAGAAGAAACCCAUCGAGGGGUAAUCGUGUUAUACCUACACCAACAUGGCGCUUACCAGUGUAUAAUUAUCCCAAUAGACAAACUCCUUUCAUUAGAAAUACAGUUGGUACACGUCAGUCUGGUAACCUUGCUGGAGGUCAAACUGGAAGCAAUCCAGUUCCUAUAGCAACAGUAGCAGGUGAAGACGAAGAAGAUGUCCCAAUCAACCGUGUUUUAUCAAAUUUAUCAAACUAUUACCGAAAUGGUUUGAAUCUUACACCAACCCCAAGAAGAGAACCAAGCUAUGCCAGAUCCUUAUCUGUACUGAGAUCAUUCGUAAAAGGAGAAACCUAUAUGGAUAGUGGAUAUAUAGUAGAAAAUUUCUAUACGUACGGGGAUUACGAGUUGGCGAAAGAACACUUCAGAUCUUUGCCAAAUGUUAAUGUAACUCAGCUGAGAACGAACAGAUAUACUGGCUUCCUUGGUACAAUUCAAGAUUAUCGUGUGACUUUAUGUAGAGAGUGUGGUAUAGGUGGGAAUUAUCCACUUAUUGAAAUUGUAAAAUUAAACGAAGUCUAUCCUGGUGCUAUUAAAAGACUGUUAUAUGUACCAGGGUAUUACCCAGAUGCUAAUCGACCAUUCACUAAAAUUCCAGACUCUCCUACUACAUUGCCAUUAUAA